GGUCCGCAGUGCCCACUGUUCACUGAUCCCUGUACCCACUCACUUUACCCUUCGAUAAAGACUAUUGCUCUGUUCCCACUGUUUCUCUGGUCCUCUGUACUCACUGGUCCGCUGUGGCCAUUGUUCACUGAUCCUCUGUACCCACUCACUUUACCCUUCUGCUAUAUCUAUCAGUUAAUUAUUAGUUAUUUCAGAACCCGGUAUAUGAGAGUUGAACGGCUACGAAAACCUUGGUAGUAACCGCAAGGUAUUCUGGUUAGUAUAGUUGUGCAAUGAUGCACGAAACCUAGAAAAAAAAUAUGUCUCGUUUUGUUAGGCAACUUUUUAGGACACCCCUUAUCAUACGAUGUGGGCUAUUAAGCCCGAUGUCGACGGCAGUUGAAGCUGCGAAUAUCACAGCUUCCAGAUUUCUUGUCCAGAAACUCGAGAAGAAAGCAGAAGGUGGUAUGCUACACGUAACAUGGAAUAACAACUCCAUGAAUCGCUAUCCUUUUGCGUACCUCCGCGAUAACUGCCAGUGCUCGGAGUGCUUCCACGAAUCCGCCUACCAGCGAUCAUUUGACACUGUGGGCAAGUUAGAUCCGAAAAUUUUACCGGAGAACUACGACGUGAGGUUAGAUGGGAAAGAGAUAGUCAUUGCGUGGCCCGACGGACACGUUAGUGUAUUUGACUCAGACUGGCUGCACUCUCGUCGACUGGUCGACGCGAAGGAUGAUCCAAGCAGCGUUAUGCUCCCUAAUCUUAAUAAGGAAGGGGUAAAGUUUUGGAAUGCUGAAACAAUGCAGGGAAAAGUUCCUAAGCUCGAUUUUAAGGACCUCAUGGAGGACGAUGGUGCACUUUUCGAUUGGCUCAAAAUCCUACACAGUGUGGGAAUUGCUUUGGUGGUUAACACCCCUCUGGAGGUGGAACAAGCAGAAAAACUCUGUGAUAGGGUUGGAUAUUUUAAGACAACUCACUAUGGGCAUUAUUUUGAUGUGAAAGCAAAAUAUGAAGCAAAUAACUUGGCAUAUACUUCAAACUUUUUGCCACUGCAUACUGACCUGCCUUACUAUGACUAUAUACCAGGGGUUCAGAUGUUGCACUGCAUUGAACAAGCCACUGGUACAGGCGGAGCAAACCAGUUUGUGGAUGGCUUCUUCGUUUCACAGGAGCUGCGAAAUAAAGAUCGCAAAAAGUUCGAUAUCCUGACAAAGACGCGAAUCCAGUUUGUUGACAUUGGAAAGGACAUGUUUGGAGAUUUUUACUACAAAUUUGCUCGACACAUGAUUGAGUUGGACAAGAACGGCCAAAUUGUGCGUUUUGCCUUCAGCAACCAUGCGCGAGACUCUGUCGUGCUCAACUCCACCCCUGAGGAGACUGUUCAACUUUACGAAGCUUAUCUUACUUUGGGCAAGAUGUUAAGAGAACCGGCCAAUCAAAUAGAGCACAAAAUGGUUCCCGGGGAUAUGAUCACCUUCAACAACAGUCGCGUGUUGCAUGGGAGAUCGGCGUUUACUGUCCAAGGGGGACAAAGUCGGUUCCUUCGCGGCAUCUACUUGGAUUGGGAUAUUAUGUAUUCUCGUAUGAGAGUGCUGGCGAAAAAGCUGAACAUUCCGCUAUCGUACUAAAGCAUACUACAUCUUCUUGGAGGUAAAACACACAUGAAUGGCCCUUGAAACAUGAUCGAGGUGAACAGAAAAAGGAAAUAAACUCAUUUCGAUUAUUUACGGGAUUUUUAGGUAAUAACUCAUGUUUCGAUAUGAAAUAUUAUUAGGAAAUAUUUCAACAUACUUCGCUGAAGUCGACACACUGAAUGCAUGUGGCUUUUCGUGAAUUCCGUACAAGAAAUGUUAGUCGGACCGGAAGCUGUUUUUCCGUGUAGAGAUGUAAAAUUAUAUUUAGUCCUGGUUUGGUUUGUAAUGGGGGUAGAAUGCAUCGUGUCAUAUAUAUAGCGGGAUCAGGAGGUUGUAAGAACUUAUGCUUAGCCAGAACGUAUCCGGUUUGAUUGGCUUUAGAAUGGGGUAGAAUGCAUUUUGAUAUAAAUAUGGCGAGUCAGAGCUGGAAGAAAUGGUGCUGAACGAGGAAUUUAAGUUUAGUCCUGGUUUGAUUUGGUUUAUAAUGGAUUGAAGGCACCUGUGAUGUGGUUUACAGCCUUCGGCAUGUACUAAAAUUAAGAAUACUGGGACACAGUAAGAGAGGAAUACUGGAAUACCGGAACAUCAGAACACACCGGAACACGCCAGAACAUCGGAACACACCCGAACACGCCAGAACACACCAAAUGAUAGACACCUAUUUGUAGCAAAAAAACAGAAACACAACCGGGGAUCAAGUAAUUGCCGUAGAUCACAAUUGCAAACGACAUAGUUAUACAGUCAUUUCUUCACUAACAGACACCCUCGUAAUCGGGUAGUUUUUUCCAUUCCCAUUUUUAAAUCCGAUCUAUAUAUACUCAGUAUUUAUUUAUUUAUUUAUUCCCGUAAGUGGACGGUAACUCGCAAGCGGAUGCGGACACUUAAAGUGAAAAUUGGAUUUUUCUUUGUUUACGCUCUCUCGUUAGCGGACACCCAUGAUAAUUGAUUCUUGGAAAUAAAAUUUGUCUUGAAUUUGAAAA